AUGCCCCGUCAAGCACCUUUGCGCAAUAGGGAGGUCUUCGCCAAGCCCCUGGAGCACGGCGCGAGGGACGACGAGGUGGUGGCGCUCGCGAAAACAGGGCACGCUUCUGAGAAGUCCGUGUUCCCUCGGCGGGGGCGGAAAAAGGAACUGGUCGUUGAUGGGGCGUCUGCGGCACACGAGUUCACGGAGGGCUCCUGCACCGAUGGCCUCUCACAACUGGUGAAGCCGUUGCAGACUCAGUUGUCUGCUUUGGGUGUGGUGGAACGCUCGACAAGCCCCGUCUUAGCUGACAAGGGGACUCCAAACCUCCUUGACACAAAGCCGGCAUCCCCAGCGGAGGGCGGAGAUAGUAUCGGCAGCGGACAGUGCUCAUAUUCAACAAGGAACGGUAGCGUGGCUUCCUUUGGGAACGUAUGUAAGGAAAAGGAGCUUGUGGCUGCUGCGGAGGACAGUGAAGAAGAGGAACUGUGUUGCAUUUGUUUGGAGGGCUAUACUGAGGAGAAUCCUGUGAUGUAUGGGGAGUGUAGGCACCAUUUUCAUGUGCCUUGUCUCAUGAACUGGAAACAGCGCAGCAACGUCUGUCCAAUGUGUGCUUCAGAGACGUUGAAGGGGCUGGCUGACGAUGAUGACGCGCCAGCUACUGUGCGUGCCGCGGAUGAGGAAAUUUUUGCAAUGCUGUUGCAACAUCAAUUGGGGCGAUACACGUUCCCAGGAAGGCGACAUCGUCAACGUGGGUGUGUGCGCCCUUGCGGACAUGAAUUGGCUCCUCAAGACGCGGAACGCCAUGCAGCAAGACGUACAAAUGCCCCGCAACGUCAGCAGGAUCGUGCAGCUGCGCUUGAGGAGCGUCAACGACCCGCGAGGGACCGUAGAGAGAACGGCACGCGGGCCAACGCUGCUGCUAGAAAGGGAACCCGAGGUGAAGCUGCUACGCGCGUUCGAGACAUGCAUGAAAGCGGUCUGGCUGCAUUUUUCAAUAGGGUCUUUUGUUGUUUUAAGAGGUGA